AAUGAAGAAGAAAAUUAACCUUUCAUGUCAAAAGCAGCACUGUUUGACACAUCACAUGCUAUAAAUAGUACUUUCAUCUUCAAUUUUCUCUGACGCAGUGGCAUCGCAAUUGUUCACCUCUACUUGCGCAAUCUCUGUAACUGUGCGUCAUUAUCUGCCUUCUUACUAGGAUGAAGAAAUCACGAGCAGAUGAGAAGAUUCUCGGCUACAAUGAUGUGGUGCUUAGACAAUCAGAUCUUGAAAUCCUUAGUGGUCCAUAUUAUUUGAAUGAUAGGAUUAUUGAGUUUUAUUUCAGUUAUCUUUGUUCAAGCCAUUCCUCUGAGGAUAUACUGCUGGUUCCACCAUCCAUUGCAUUUUGGAUAAUGCAAUGUCCUGUGGUUGAGUCUCUCGGUGAUUUCAUAGAACCCCUGCAUUUGUCUGAUAAGGCACUGGUUAUGUUCCCCAUCAAUGACAAUGAUGAUGUUGACAGAGCUGAAGGUGGUUCUCAUUGGAGCUUAGUUGCAUAUUGCCGCAAUGCUAAUGUGUUUGUUCACCAUGAUAGUUGCAGAGGUAUGAAUGCAGCACCUGCCAAGAAACUCUAUAAAGCUGUUGCUGGAUACAUGGGAUCCUCUGGAUCAGCUUCUGAGGCUAGCUUUCAGGAAUGCACUAAUUCACCCAUGCAAGAUAAUGGUUAUGACUGUGGUUUAUAUGUGACAGCCACAGCAAGAACAAUAUGCAACUGGCAUGCAAAUCAUAAGAAUGCGGAUAUGAAUGAUUUGUGGUUUUCUGCUGUGAAGGAUCAGGUUACUUCUUCUGCGGUUGCCAGCAUGCGAGGUGAGAUCCUGGCCUUGAUCAGAGAUCUAAUGGCAAGACAUUGAGAAUGGCAUGUUCCAGCUUAAAAUCUGUCUUAUUUUGUAUUUGGAGUCUUAAAGUUAAGUUUGAGCUUUUCUAUAUCUUCAUUUAUGAGAAGUAUGAACCACAAAUUUGAACUUAAAAAUUUCAACACUGUUGGGUCUAUUUGACCCAUUUGAAGCAAUGCAUAGGAACAGUGAUGUCCGAUUAUGUCCGAUUAUUUAACAUUCAUCGUUAGUGAGAUCAUAUCAUUUUUAAGUCUU